UUCGUCCGUAACAUUCGCAAAUAAUUUUCCAGGCUUCUCCAAGUGAACUCUUGCGAGACUCAAGAACCAUCAGACCUAGAUCCAUCUCAUUAUGACUACCUUGCUACUUGCACGACACGUUACGAAUGUGUAUUGGGACAUAGUUCAGUGAAUCUUGACCAAUUUCAACUCGUAGCUCAGCAUUGCAGGUAAGCACAUCAAUGGCGAAUAAUGGCCAUGACCAAUUCCCAUCGCCACGCCGCGCCACAACUUAAAGGGCAUUUGACGACAAACCCACUCGGAGAAGGGGACACUGGCAUGACAAGCAGCGCUCGGGCCAACGUCCUUCACCGGCACCCGCCUCCACAUCCCCGGAAUUCACACACCGAGAGCGACCCAAAACCAGCCAACGAGGGACUGCCAGUAUGCCUCGGCUCCCCUCCUCAGCGUCUCCAAGACCCCCGGUCCGGGGUAGCAACGCGUACGGAACCUCGAAACUAGCAACGCCUGUGGCUUGAAGUCUCGUUUUCGAGAAUCGCACACAAAGUCACCAUUGUCAUCUCCCGACUCAUCCGGAUCAUUUUGAAACUUCAUCCUUUGCAUCCGAAUCCAUUCCAUCCGCUUUGGCAAGCUCACGCAGAGGCGGGCUUCAGAUUAUUUCAUUCGUAAACCACGGCAAAAGUGAACAAGAAAUCGUCACAAUGCGCGGCAUAGAGAUCAAGGAAUAUGUCAAGUCUCCCAAAGAGCUCCGUGUGACGGACCUCCCAGACCCCGUUCCCAAGAAGGACGACGAGUACCUCAUUCAAGUCCACGCCACGGCAGCAAACUUCUUUGACAUCCUCCAAAUCCAAGGGAAAUACCAGACCCAGCCUCCCUUCCCCUGGAUCUCAGGCGCCGAGUUCGCCGGUACAGUUCUCAAAGCCCCGUCAUCCAACCCUAAAUACCCCGUCGGCGCUCGCGUUUUUGGCGCCACACAGGGCGCUUUCGCCACCAAGUGCCUCGCCCGCGAGCGGGACCUCCUCCCCAUCCCCGAAGGCUGGUCCUAUCAGGCGGCCGCUGGCCUCUUCGUCACGGCGCCGACGUCUUACGGCGCCCUAGUCGUCCGCGCAGGAAUCAAGACCGGCGACAUCGUCCUUGUCCAUGCCGCCGCCGGUGGCGUCGGUCUCGCCGCUGUGCAGGUCGCAAAGGCCUUUGGUGCCACCGUCAUCGCGACGGCGUCGACGCCCCGCAAGCUCGAGGUCGCAAAGGCGUUCGGUGCGGACCACGUCGUCGACUACCGUGAAGCCGACUGGCCAACAAAGGUCAAGGCGCUGACGCCCAAGGGCAGGGGCGUGGACAUCGUCUACGACCCCGUGGGCAUGGUCGACGCGAGCACAAAGUGCACGGCGUGGAACGGGCGCAUACUCAUUAUCGGCUUCGCAGCCGGCAAGAUCGAAAAGGUCGCCAUGAACAAGGUCCUCCUCAAGAAUAUCAGCCUCGUAGGCAUAUUCUGGGGCCAGUAUGCCGUCAAAGAGAAGGAGACGGUCGUCGAGGUAUGGAAGGGCAUUAUGAGGCUUGUCACCGAGGGAAAGCUGCGUGGAACCGAGUUCACAGACGAGGAGUUUGUCGGCCUGGAGCGCGUCCCUGAUGCGCUGAUAGCCCUCGGAAGCAGAGGCACCUGGGGUAAGGUGGUUGUGAAGAUCCCUCAGGAUGGCCAGAGCAAGUUGUAAAGAACGCGACAGAACAUUUAUUUGAAGAGCCGAUGCCUAAUCACGACUCGAUUUUUC